AUGAGCGUCCAGACCCUACCUCAAGAAGGCACUCGCGUUAUUGAGCUCGACCCUUGGCUCGAACCCUACGCACCCGCCAUCAAGACACGGUACAACCUCUUCAAGAAGGCUUUGUCGGCCAUUGACGAACAUGAGGGCGGUAUCGCCAAGUUCUCCGAGGGCUACAAGAUGAUGGGCUUCCAAGUCGACGCUCAGGGAGGCGUGCGCUACAAGGAAUGGGCACCGAAUGCAGUCGCGGCUAGGCUUAUUGGGGACUUUAACGGCUGGUCUCACGAAGCCAACCCCAUGACGAAAAACACCUUUGGCGUAUGGGAGUGUUAUGUCCCGCCAAAGUCCGGCGCCUGCGCCAUCCCCCACGAUUCCAUGGUCAAGAUCUCUAUGACCCUGCCGUCCGGAGAAAGCGUCGACCGAAUUCCAGCCUGGAUCAACCGAGUCACCCAAGACCUCAACAUCUCUCCUAUCUAUGACGGUCGCUUCUGGAACCCGCCAAAGGAGCAGAUCUACCAGUUCAAGCAACCGCACUCUACAAACUCGGUCGAGGGGUUGAAAAUAUACGAAGCUCAUGUCGGGAUCUCUAGUCCGAACGAGCGAGUUACGACCUACAAGGAGUUCGAGCACGAUGUACUUCCCAGAAUCAAGAAGCUUGGAUACAACUGCAUUCAAAUGAUGGCCGUCAUGGAACACGCCUACUAUGCCUCUUUCGGUUACCAAGUGACCAAUUUCUUCGCUGCCUCUUCCCGUUACGGCACACCGGAAGACCUCAAAUCCCUCAUCGACAGGGCGCACGAGCUCGGCCUCACAGUCCUUCUCGAUGUCGUUCACUCGCACGCCUGCAAAAACAUUCUUGACGGAAUCAACAUGUUUGACGGCACCGACCACCUCUACUUUCACGAGGGGGCUCGAGGCCGGCAUGAGCUUUGGGACUCGCGUCUUUUCAACUAUGGCAGCCACGAGGUCCUCCGCUUCCUCUUGUCUAACCUCCGGUACUACAUGGACACGUUCAUGUUCGACGGCUUCCGAUUCGACGGCGUCACCAGCAUGAUGUACACUCAUCACGGUAUGGGUACUGGCUUCUCUGGUGGCUAUCACGAGUACUUCGGCGAAUCGGUCGACAAUGAGGCCAUGGUGUACCUGAUGCUGGCCAACUACAUGUUGCACGAAGUCUACCCGAACGUCAUCACCAUCGCCGAGGACGUCUCUGGCAUGCCCACGCUCUGCCGGCCCGUUGCAGAAGGCGGAGUGGGCUUUGACUACCGCUUGUCCAUGGCCAUUCCGGACAUGUGGAUCAAGCUGCUCAAAGAGUCGACCGAUGCUGCGUGGGAAAUGGGCGACAUUGUUCACACUUUGACGAACCGCAGGCACAUGGAGCGGAGCGUUGCGUACGCCGAGUCGCACGAUCAGGCACUGGUCGGCGACAAGACGCUCGCGUUCUGGCUCAUGGACAAGGAGAUGUACACCAACAUGUCCGACCUAUCGCCGUUGACUGCAAUUGUUGACCGAGGCUUGGCCCUGCACAAGAUGAUUCGCUUCUUGGUCCACACCUUGGGCGGUGAAUCAUACCUCAACUUUGAGGGGAACGAGUUUGGCCACCCUGAGUGGAUGGACUUCCCCCGUGCCGGCAAUGGCAAUUCGUUUGCGCAUGCCAGGCGACAGUUCAAUCUCGUAGACGACCAGCUUCUGCGCUACCGGUAUCUCAACGAGUUCGACAUGGUCAUGAAUCAGCUCGAGGACAAGUAUCACUGGCUUCAGUCUCCCCAGGCAUACGUCUCGUUGAAGAAUGAACAAGACAAGGUCAUCGUCUUUGAGCGGGCGGGCCUCCUCUUCAUCUUCAACUUCCACCCCACGCAAUCCUUUGUCGAUUACCGCGUCGGCGUAGACGUGCCGGGCAAGUACAAGGUCAUCCUCAACAGCGACGAAAAGCGGUUCGGAGGUCACGAGCGUAUCGCCAUGAAUGGAGAAUACUUUACGACCCCGAUGGAAUGGAAUGGGCGCCGCAACUGGGUCCAGGUGUACUCCCCCUGCCGUACGGUUUUGGUGUUGGGCUUGUAG